AAGCAAACCUAGACUCUCAGUGACCAAAGCUUUCCUGGCAGAGCUCUCUCUCCAGAUUUAUCAUUAACAUCUACAUGCUAACACUGCUAAAUAAUUCAGCACAGCAUUUAGCCUUACGUCCUUACCUCUCUACGCAGAAACCGUUCUCACUAUUUACUGUACUUCCAGCAAUAGGGAGAAAAAACCUGUCUGGACCAUGGUUCCUCUUUGCACUGUGUAAAUGAGGGAGAGUCUCUGCUAUCGACAUAGUGGUGUGGGGUUUACUUAUUUUAUUUUGUUGGGAAAAGUGUUUAUUAGGUACCUAAAUAUAGAGCAUUAUUUAUCUGAGCAGAGUCAUGACUGUGUGGACUCAGAUUCACAUGCAAAUUCCCCUUUUAAUAAUCCUAAUGCAGGAACUCUCCAAUCAGAGCACUAUCAGCCCCAGCUCUCGGAUACCUGAUGCCAGCUUUGCUGGUAAUGUAGGCCACUGAAGCAAAUCCAGAGAGAUUGAGUUGGAAGUGGAGAGAGGCUCUAUUUGCUUGGCUUCCCGAUGAUGGGGGGGGGGGGGGGGGGGGUGUCUAACUUCUUUUUUUCUUUUCCACUAUAAAUGGGAUAUCAUUUAAGAAGGAUCAUUAGCUGAGAGCAGCCCAGCUCGAUCAAGGCUGGGAGGCGGAGACGCAGUUGCAAGCAGUGAAGCAAGGUGGAGGCACGAAGACAGGAGACCAGGUUAAUGAAAGCAUGAGGUGGCUCUUGGGCAGCAGCUGGACGAAAUUUGGACAUGCUGACAGGGGAAACUAUGACUGGCUAAACAGCGAACCAGGUGGACCACUUCUGGAAACAGAGCUUCAGAGCAGUCAACAGUCAAGCUCAACCAAAGAUGACAUAGAACCAUUUCUGUGCAUCAUAUUGCCUGCCACCAUGAUGCUCUUCCUGGCAUUCCUGCUGCUCUUCCUGUACCGCCGUUGCCAGCACCCCACUCCACAGGGACAGAUCUUCAGCAUCGACCUCCCCGAGUCCCUGCCUGAGCAUGAUGUGUCCAAUUUCCUUUCCGUGCUGCCCUGGAACAAUGAACAGAGCUUCCACUACUCCACUCUGCUCCCUGAUGCCACAUUCCUCACUGUGUGCUUGCCUCCAUCCUACGAGGAGGCCACCAUGAAGACUUCCAUGGACGAGGCUCACAGUGAGCUCUCUCCAGAACCAGUGCCUCCUUACGAAGAGAGCACGCUGCAGUCCAACAGUGCCAAAUAAACUUCCUACAGAAGCACCUUAGCUGAAGCAUGCAGCCCCUCAAGGCACAAACAUGGAACUGCUAUAUGGCCUUUAAAAUUUGCAAGAAGAUUCCAAGCAAAGCGCCAAACCAGUGAACUAAUGAAAGAAGAAACCUGGAGUAAUAGGGAACGAGCCUCUUCACCUCAGUCUACUAUGCUUUUCUACUUUCCACUUGUUGCAAGCAUAUACACACAGUGUAGCACCAAAUCAGUCCCAGACUGGUAACAUGGCUAUUCUAGUUAAAAAAGGGUGUCACACAAGAAUUAAACGUAAGGACAAGUGGAAAUCUGUCCCUCUGCAAUCCCUCAGCUACAAGGAAACAUGAAUUAUGCUAUAGAUUCACCAGUCACGCAAAGGGGUUUUAGCAUAUACCUGUUCCAGUUUGGCUUUUUCUUUUUCAUGUUUAUUUUUAGUUGAAUUUCUGGCAAUUCUGACUAUUUCCGAUUCACACCAUCUGCGUGUGUUAACAUCACAUCAUUCUGCAAUGCUCUGGAAUGAUCACAACAGAUCUCAGGAAAGCAGAUAUGUAUGUAACCUCUACAAAAUUUCCAGCAAUUGUCCCCAAAGGUUCAAACGUGUGCUGUGGAUAAAGGCUGUCUUAUCACAGCUGAACAACAAGGAGAGCUAGAGAAGACCUGAUCAUUCUGGGUGAGGAAGACUCUAGAGCACACAAGAGUACACUCACACUGUCGCUCCGAGCUACUUGCCCGGGUCUGCAAGGUCCUAAUAUUCCAGGCUACUGCCUUGACUUCUUUUCCAAUUUACAAGUCUACAACAAUAUACCCUGUGACGUAUUUGGUGCAGCGUGAGAAGGAGUUGGGGGGAAAUAAAAUCAAAUGCACACACACAAAAAUCUGGUCUGUAUUUCAAACCAGCAUUAUACCCCCUUCUCCUUCAUCACUAGGUCAAAGUAAAUCUCAUUCAAGCGCAUUGGUGCCAGUGGUUCAGUUUCAGGAGGGCUUGCACAUGCAUACUUUUAGGCAAUGGUGUAUGUUAUUUUUAAUUCUUUCUUACAGGAUAACAUUUUCAUGUUGAUAAAUGCUCUUGUUACAGAAGGUGGUUACUACAGAUCCUGACAGCCUCAAAAGCUAUGACAGCUUCUUCCUUGCAGGUGUCAGCUAUUCCAUGAUACUACAUUUGUCUGCGACCUGCCAACAUAACAACUACUACAUACUGCUGUGCGGCAGUCUUGGUGUAAUCCCUAAUUGAAGCGGCUGUCCUGAGUUACACGCUGUGAUUCCAGCAACUGUCAUGAGGUGUCAGUAUCAGCCAGUCCUGCUUUGUGAAUGUACCACAUCCCUUUAAAAACAAAACAAAAUCCAAUCCAAACCAACCAACAAACAAAACUCCCAAGAUAAUGGAAGAAGAAUUCAUCACUGUACAGCAGAAGAAAACCAGACAACUUUCGAGCUGCAAGUAGUUCAAUCUCAUAUUAUUGCCAACAAUGGCACAAAUCACGUCACCACAGCAGCCAAGAGCAGUGCAGGUCAAACCUGAUGAUUCCACUCACACAGUUCACUUAAACUAGGAGCAAAAAGAUCUGCUUUAUGUGAUUCAGAAAUGGAUUAUUUUCUUGAACUACACUUCUGAGACCAUUCCCUUUUCUAACAUUCCCUUUUUGUCUCCAAACUGUAAGAGGAGGUGUUUUGGACAAAUCCAAAUUCAGUCACCCUUUUUUCUUUCUCAGCCAUGUCUGGGACGAGUUCCUGGUAUUCGCGGAGGCAUUUAGAAGUAGUGUUAUUUUAC